AUAAGCUUGUAAAGCAUGGCUACCCUAUUUCCCACACAUUCUUCUUUACAAAACAUGCUCAUUACAUUCACCAUAAUCUUCCUCGCAUCAUCUCUUUUGCCUUCAUCAUCUGCAACACCCUAUAAGAAGAUCUACGCCUUCGGCGACUCCUUCACCGACACCGGCAACACCGAGUCCGACACCGGUCCCAAUGGCUUCGUCCACGUUUCCAACCCGCCAUACGGAACAACCUUCUUUCACCGCCCGACCAACCGUUACUGCGACGGUCGACUCGUCAUCGACUUCGUGGCUGAGUCACUGUCGUUGCCGUUCUUGCCGCCGUAUCGUAACAAAAAAGCCAACAAAACUCACGGGGUUAACUUCGCCGUAGCUGGUUCGACGGCGAUAAACCAUGAAUUCUUUGUUAGGAACAAUCUUUCACUCGAUAUCACUCGCGAGUCGAUCGAAACUCAAAUGAUUUGGUUUAACAGGUAUUUGGGGAGUCAAGGUUGUAGAGAUUCGGAACCUGGGUCCGAUCAGUGCAGAGAAGUGUUCGAUGAUGCUUUGUUUUGGGUUGGUGAAAUCGGCGUCAAUGAUUAUGCAUAUACCCUUGGAUCCACCGUGUCGGGAGAUACCAUUCGAAGGCUUGCUAUUAAUAGUUUCACUGAGUUUUUGCAGACAUUGUUGAAGAAAGGAGCAAAAUAUGUCGUCGUUGAAGGACUGCCGACAACCGGUUGUUUACCAUUGGCGAUGACGUUAGCUCCUUCCGAUGACAGAGACGACAUAGGGUGCGUGAAAAGCGUGAACAACCAAACGAACGCCCAUAAUCUUGUCCUCCAAUCCAAGUUGUCGGAACUCAGACAACAGUUUCCCCAAGCAGUCAUCGUUUACGCCGAUUACUGGAACGCAUACCGGACGGUGAUGAAAAACCCGGCGAGUUACGGGAUCAAAGAGAGCUUCAAAGCGUGUUGCGGAACCGGGGGAGAGCCCUACAAUUUCGAUGUUUUCAACACCUGCGGCAGCCCUUCAGUUACGGCUUGUUCCGACCCUUAUGAAUAUAUCAACUGGGACGGAGUCCAUCUCACCGAAGCGAUGUAUAAGGUCGUUGCGGACAUGUUUAUCGACGGAAAUCUCAGUAACCCACCGUUCAAAACCUUGUUGGAAAGAAAGCUGCGGAAGCCAUGAAUACGGGCUU